CAAAUAAAUGCAACAUUAUUUGAAAGAAAAAAAAACUGAUUUUAUUUUGAUUUUUGGUUGUUAAGCAUGAAUACAUUAAUGUAUCAAGUAUUUUGGUAAAAAUCCAAGCAUCCAACCGAUUACUGUUAUGAUCAAAGUUGAGAGUUACCGGAAGCAGACACUAGUUCUUUUGUUUAAGACCUUUUUGCGAUUCUUUAUGAAAAGAUGUUGAUGUACAUAUUGUGUACGUUUCUUUUAUUGAACGUUGAAGCGCUGCCAAAUGUUUUUGAAUAUGAAAUUUCAAAGGCGAGGGAUUAUGUACAUUCGUUUGAAAUUCCAAAGGAUAAGGGUCAGUCGCAAUCUGAAGGACCAAGAAAGCUAAAGUCAUUUUCAUGGCAAGACUGCAGUACAUCAGCUCCUUUAGUGAACGUGAAGAGUUUAAGCAUCACUCCAGAUCCUCUUCAAUUUCCUGGAGAUCUUGUCGUGUCAGCAGACGUCAAUGUCAAACAAAACCUAUCUCAACCAUUGCAGGUAAAGUUGGAAAUGAAGAAAAAGGAGCUUGGGUUUUUCAUAACUAUACCAUGCAUUGACAACUUUGGAUCUUGUACGUAUGAUGAUAUUUGUGAAAUACUGUCACAGUCUGGAGCUGCUGGUCAAUGCCCGCAAGAACUGAAAGAUAUUGGUAUAGAUUGUACAUGUCCUUUUGCAAAAAAAGAGUACAACCUGUCAGGAGCAACAUUUGAUAUAACAGCCACUAUUAUACCAACUGGUGAAUAUCAAGUUGAGGCCAAUGUUACAAAGGGUGGAGCAGAGGUUGUUUGUCUGAAGCUAGAAUUUUCAAUAGAAUGAUUCUAAUGUGAAGAUCAUGAUAUCAGGGAUACAUUGAGAUGAUAUACUAAAGACAUUUGCUGAGAGAACAUUCCAUAUCCAAGACAUCAAGAAAUGAAUUGUAUAUUUUUGUGGAAAUUUUUUUGUGUCGUUUUUCUUUCCAGAUAACUAUUUUUGUAUGUAGUUUUUCUAACUUAACUACUGAUUUGAUUUUUAUGUUAUCUUUUUACUAUAUAUAUGCAAUUGAAUUUUUUAUAUUGUUGUAUGUACAUUUUCAGAAUGAAACAUCUAUAAAUGAUUUGUUGUACAUCAAAUGGGAUACAGGGUUUGUGUAUUUGUAUGUCAUACCUACAUAUGAGUUUUUAUGGUAAAACGACUUGAUUACUUUUAUUAUAGAAGAAUCUUUUUUAAAAAUGUCCAAGUUGUAAAGUCCAGUUAUUUCAUCUUAUUCAAAAUAAAGAACAUAUUGCCCUGACUAAUGGUUUUGUGAGGUAACAGUAUCCUUGGUAUAUGUAAUAACUGUUGCAUUGGAAUAGUGUCACACAAAAAUUGUGAUUUGCCUUAGUUUUUUCAGGUAUUUUACUAUAAAUUCUUCUCAAAAUCUCACUUUCAUUUACUUGAUUUUUACACAGAUUAUUACCUUUAAAGAUCACACCAAAUUUUCAACAAUUUGUGUGCUACUUUGAAUAUGCAAAUCAUGCUUGGACCAAGCUUUAUAAAUUCAAUUGAUUGGUUUGUAGAAGUGUGCAAUAAUAUGUAUACAUAAGUAAUAGCCAUUCCUAGUUUAAAUUGAGAGUUUUGUUUUAAAUCAUUGUUAAUUGUCAAUCAAAUAUGAUUAAAAUGUUGCUAAUUGAAUGU